AUGGUCUCAGCAACGGGCGAAGCGCGCGCUGUUCACCUGGCUACGGAGGCCGUCGAGCUGGUCGAUGCCGGCCACCGCGAGGCUGCAUCGCGAAAUCUACGAGAAGCACUAUCCAUUGCUCCCGACCACCCCGACGUGAAGGCGGCGUUUCUCAAAAUCCAACACGAGGAAGAAAAUGGCCACCAGCUCCUGGAGCUCUGUCGGCGGUACACCGCGCGCAAGGAUGAGACCGCCGGCAACGAGGCAGCUGCCUACCUUCGCACGGACGGCUUGAAGCCACCCGAGAACGUCGCGUUGGAAUCCCUGAAGCUUCUGCUCGCUCAGCGGCCACAUGCCUUGUCGGCGGCCCAGGACGAGAUCAUUUCCGGACUGGUGCGACAGAACGCCAGCGUCCGGCAAUUUUUUUCGACAGAGCUGCAAGUAUCGGUGACGACUUUCUUUGACGAGAUCUACCCCCGAGGCGACGGCGCGGCGGUAUGCCUGGACACGGUGGUGCUGGAUCCCAGUGUGUGGCCCGCAGAGGAUACGCGGUCGCACUGCGAGAGCGAGCUGUUCCAGUUAUUCUUAGCGAAACUCAUGGAAUCCGGCCAUGACCUUGAUGGUCGCGCCCUGAAGGGUAUUACGAGGCUACUUGCUGUCGACGCUGAUCGACUGCAGCACCUGGUUGACGGUGAGGGUUUCGAGGUGAUCCUGACAUCAUUGGAUAAUCGACUGCCCCUCGAAUUGCGCAGUCAGGCAACCUUGGCGACCGCAAAGUACCUCGAGGUAGCUAAGGAGCCCGGAGAGAAGCUUUUCUCCAAGCUGAUUUUGUCUAUGAUUGGCAAAGGUCGCCAUGAUGAUUUUAUUGUGGCCUUUUCUGCAGUCACGGCUGUUUUCCCCGUGGCUCCCGCUGCGAUGGCCAACCUCUGCUUGUCGGGAGAAUUCAUGGAGGCUCUGGGUCCCAUGGCUUCACGAGCCACCAAGAGCAAGAAACUCGAAACUUCUGUGUUGGAAUUGCUGAAUGCCGCGUGCAUCAAUAAAGCAUGCCGCGAAGCAAUGUCCAAGCAAUUCUCCGAGUGGCUGUCCCACACCUUGACAAAUGGCAGCGACGAAUGCUCUGAGCUAGCGGCGGUGAUCCUGGCAAAGCUCCGAGCUUCUGAGACGGAUCAACCCGCGGGCGCGAAUGGCCGGGCGCAAGUGGAGGACGGCGAGGUUCCCGAACUGGUUCAACGGUUCAAGGGACUCUUGUCCGAUCCCGAGGCUGAAAAGAUCUCCCAUGCCGUUGAGGGACUUGCCUAUUCCUCGGUGAAGCCCUCCAUCAAGCAGCAACUCAGCGAAGACCCGACAUUCCUGCGUGACUUUGUCACCGUGAUAAAGAAGCACACCGGCGACUCCUCCGUUCUCUACGGCGGCUUGAUGGUCGUCCUGAACCUUACCAAGUUCCUUCCUAAUCUCUCAGAGGAGCAAAAGAAAAUGUCUCAGCUCAAGGACUACGCCGACGCUUCUACUGGGAAAGCUAGGGCAGCUCCAGAUGUUCGAGACGAGGACGAAGCCGUGAUCGCUCGGUGUUGCGCCCUCAUUGAUGCAGGCAUCAUGACGCUGCUGGUUGAGUGUGGAAAAAUUACACUGCCUUCGAUUCACGACCUCACGAGUAAAAUUAUGUUGGCACUUUCUCGGAACCAGAAGUCCCGAGGCACUCUCGCCCAGCAGGGUGCGGUGAAGCUGCUGCUCAGUCUCGCCAUCCCGAAACAGGGGAGCUCCGGCCCCAUCGUCAACGAGACGACCCAGACUGCGUCCCAUGCACUGGCCCGGAUUCUUAUCUCGGUCGACCCUUCACAUGUGUUCCCGACAUCCGGCUUCCCCCAAAUCACCACGGCCAUCCGCCCCUUACUUGCCCUCCUCUCGGUACCCGAAACCCCUUCUUUCUCGGCUGAUCAGCCUCGUGACUUGCUCCCGGUAUUUGAAAGUCUACUGGCCCUGACCAAUCUCGCAUCGUCUCCGGACGAGUCCGCGGCAGAGCUGAUUGUUCGGCAAGGCUGGUCCGCCGUCGAAGAUCUGCUGCUCUCCAGCAAUGCCCGUGUCCAACGCGCGGCAUGCGAGCUCGUCUGCAACCUGAUGACCUGCGAGUCCGGGGUUGUCCAGUUUGCCGAUGGCUCCAAGCGCGCGGCGCAGCGUCUGCAUAUCUUACUGGCCUUGACGGACGCAGACGAUUUGCCCACCCGGCUUGCGGCCGGUGGAGCCCUGGCUAUGCUCACGGAGUACAACGCAGCCAUCGCGGCGGUGUUGGAUCGACCACGCGGUGUCGAGCUGCUGCUGGGUCUUUGUCAAGAAGACAAUGACGGUCUGGUCCACCGUGGCGCUGCCUGUCUGCGCAACCUGACCUGCAUGGCAUCCGGUGACAUCGGAGCGCGAGCCAAGGCGGCCGUCCGAGCCGCGGGAGGCAUCGAGAUCCUGACUGCGUGUCUCAAGAAGACGUCCAACCCGGCGGUGCUACAGGCGGGCGUAGAGGCUCUGAAGCCGCUGGUGGAGCAGUGA